GAAAGGCAAAGCAAAAAAGCUCUGCCUGCCUUUCCUCAACCCUGGAAGUAGGCUGGCUCGUAGAUGCGGUGAAGUCGUUCCGUUUUCACGUUGUUCUUGAUACAUCUCGGGUUUGGUGUGGAUUGUCUUUUCUUUUCUUUUAGCCCAACUCUAACCUUUCCUCACGAUGGCGGGGGCUAUUAUUGAAAAUAUGAGCACCAAAAAGUUGGUAAUAGUGGGAGUUAUUCUGCUUUUGUUCCAGGCGUUCUCCUUCAUGGUCGGUGGUUUGAUUGCUCCUAGCCCCACCACAGCGGUCAACUAUGUGGCCUCAAAGUGUGUGGACACGGUCAAGCACCACCAGAGCACCAAGUGGUUUAUGCCCUGGGGUUCCAACCAAUGUGAAAAGAUCCGGUCCUUUGACGAGGCGAUGGCAAAAAAGAUUGAGGCCAACAACAUAGUGUUUGCUGUCCAUAUUCCUCCGUCCAACAUGGAGAUGAGCGCAUGGUUCCAGUUUAUGCUGGUCAUCUUGCAGUUUGACAUCGCCUACAAGAUGCACAAUGAGAUAGAGGAUGGAGCAAUAGUCACCAUUGAUGUGGGUCUGGCCUACAGAGAUGACUUGUUCAGCGAGUGGACAGAGAUGGCCCAUUCUUUAGAACAGAGGAAGCUCAACUGCAAGUUCAACACUCCCAAGAUUUCUGACAAUGAGGGACGUUACUAUGAGUGUGACAUGCUGCCCUUCAUGGAAGUGGGAAGCGUGGCCCACAAGUACUACCUCCUCAAUAUCCGCCUGCCUGUCAAUGAACGCAAGAAGAUCAACAUGGGUAUAGGAGAGAUCAAGGACAUCCGUCUGGUUGAGAUCCACCAGAACGGAGGCUUCACCAAGGUCUGGUUUGCUAUGAAGACAUUCCUCACACCCAGCAUCCUUAUCAUCAUGAUCUGGUACUGGAGACGUAUCACCCUCAUGACCAGACCUCCUGUUCUGCUGGAGAAGGUCAUCUUUGCUCUGGGCAUUUCCAUGACCUUCAUCAACAUCCCAGUGGAGUGGUUCUCAGUUGGCUUCAACUGGACCUGGAUGCUGCUUUUCGGGGACAUCAGACAGGGCAUUUUCUACUCCAUGCUGCUCUCCUUCUGGAUCAUCUUCUGUGGGGAGCAUCUCAUGGAUCAGAUGGAGAGGAACCGUUUCUCCGUCUACUGGAAGCAGGUUGGACCCAUCGUCUUUGGCUCCUUCUGCCUCUUCAUCUUUGACAUGUGUGAGCGGGGAGUCCAGCUGACGAACCCUUUCUACAGUAUCUGGGCCUCAGAUGUUGGAACUGAGUUGGCUAUGGCAUUCAUAAUUGUGGCAGGAAUCUGUGCCUGCCUCUACUUCCUCUUCCUGUGCUUCAUGGUUUUCCAAGUCUUCAGAAACAUCAGUGGCAAGAGGACCUCCUUGCCUGCAAUGUCUAAGGCCAGGCGGCUGCACUACGAGGGUCUGAUUUUUAGGUUUAAAUUCCUCAUGCUGGUUACUCUGGCUUGCGCUGCCUUGACUGUCAUCUUCUUCAUCAUCAGUCAGGUAAAUGAAGGCCACUGGCACUGGGGGGAAUACACGGUACAGGUGAACAGCGCUUUCUUCACAGGAAUCUACGGCAUGUGGAACCUGUACGUUUUCGCCAUCAUGUUCCUUUACGCCCCCUCGCACAAACGCUACGGAGACGAGCAGUCCACUGGAGAUGCUGGAACCAGCAGUGGAGAGGACAUCCAGCUGACUACAACCAUCACCCAUGUAGAUGGCCCAACUGAGCUCUAUAAGAUGACUGGCAAAGAGGCCCAGGAGUAAGCCUUACAGAUGACCACUCUGCUUUGGAUUCUCCUCCACUACCUGCUGCUCCAACACCCCCACCCACCAUUCCUUCACAUCUGUUCUGGACAUGGUCAUGAACCAGUGUUAACCAUUCGCCAUGCAUCUGCCUGCCACUAGAACGACCAAGCUGGUCAGUUUGACGGUUUUGGUUUUUGAAAGUUUAAUAACUUUGUGGGGGAAAAAAAGGUACAGACCUGCCACUCCCUCAGUGCUCCUAAAAUUGCAUAUAUUUGCAUUAAAAUUAGUUCUAGAUCAAUUGCACAAAAAAAGUUAUGAUAAGAUCUACCUAAAACGACCAUGAGCGGUCAAUAGGUGGCUCGUAAUUUUGCGCGUGAUAGUGUGCGUCAUGUUACUAUUUAUGACGUGUGUUGGUUGUGUCAUUUCCUUCGCAAAGUUCAUUGCUCUGUUCUAGAAACACACUAGUGUUCUCCAGUGCAGAGUAACAUUCUAAACUUGAUUUUUGAUUAUUGCCAACAUGUCUGGUUACAGACGCCGUUUUAGACGCGCCAUGACUAUCACCGAGGCGUUGCAGUAUUUACAGGCGUUGGACAGCGGCCAUUUUAAAUUGUUUGAAAAAUUGUAUUAAAGUGGUUAAAAUGUUCAUUUUGGUGUCAGUCGUUUCUUAACAGGCAUACUAACAUAUGCAAUGCAUUAAUAUCUCAAUUGGGUAUUUAUCUUGACAGAAUAUACAGUUUAUUAACUGUGGGCAGUCAUUUUGACCACCCAUGGUCGUUCUAAUAGUUGUUUGGGACUGUUUCAAUAUUCAUUUUCGGCUCUUUUUUUAGAUUUCACAUUUUAUAGGCCUUGUUACGCUUGUUAGAUUGGCAAUAUGUGUUUUCCAUUUUGUUUUUCAGGUAAUAUUUUCAGUUUUUCAAUUUUGCUGUUCAAGUCCGACCAUGUCUCCGAAGUUUAAAUUGUUUAAAAAUAGUGUUAUAGUUGUUAAAAUGUUAAUUUUGGUGUCAGUCGUUUCUUAACAGGCAUACUAACAUAUGCAAUGCAUUAAUAUCUCAACUGGGUAUUUAUCUUGACAGAAUAUAGAGUUAAAAACCGUCAUUUUGACCGCCUAUGGUCGUUUUAGGCAGGAGUGAAAUCCCGGUCGUUCUAGUGCCUUUUUUUCUUCUAUUGGUCUUUACAUUUCAAAGUUUUGUUCCUUUUCCUCCUCUGUUUGAUAUUUUAAUGUGAAGUGUUGGUCUGUAAAUGUUGCACGGCUCUCCCUUAUUGACGCUAGCAGGUGAGAGUUGCAGAAAAGCCUCUUUUAUGUUGGGAGAAAAAUUUUGAGUCUAAGGAACAGCUACCAUCUAGUGGUGGCUAAGAUAAGUAGCUGCAGACUGGGGGAUCGAAACUCCUGUUGGAUGUAAUAUUGAUCGUUGCUUUGUAUGUAAAGACUCUGACACAGGACAACAAGGUUCAUUGGUUACUAUAUAACCACUUUGGGUUUGAUAGAGAAUGUAUUUCUACUGCUUGUUUCCCUGUAAUAUUCUCACUCGUGAAUAUUUAGCCUGUUUUCGGUGUUCUCUCACACCUAUACACUUCCACUGAAAGUAGAUCCAACAGACUACUGCCUGUCAUCUUGUUUAUCAUUCUCUCAAGUGGCGGAGCGCCUGUCGUUAUAAAAGGCGAAACUGUAAAGUCCACAUAGCCUUUUUGGGAAGUCCAUGCUAUUAAGUUCAUUACGUUACACUGUAGAUAUCUAUUUUUAUAAAGUGCUUAUUUUCAACUUUAUGAAAUAUGCAUCAAGCUGUAUCAUCUGAUGGGAAAGGAAAGAAAACCCUUGAGGUUUGAAGGUGACUGGAGCCUAGUACACAUAGGUCUUAGUUAUUUUGUGCUUUUUAUGCUAAUUUAAAUAAAAUCUUUUACUUUAAAGUUUA